AUGGCAGCCAUACUGUUUCCACCGGGUCAUGACAGUCUACACCGGUUCACUCGUGAGUCCCUGGCUGGAAUCGAGCAGCGGAUCAUCGAGGAGAAGGCCCGCAAUGCCAAGCAGUACCAGGAGGACCUGGGCGACGUGGAGCCGCUCAAGUCCCGGGCCGACCUGGAAGCCGGAAAGCAGCUCCCGCGAAUCUUUGGAGACAUUCCUCCUGGACUGGUGGGCGUCCCUCUGGAGGACAUCGAUCCGUUUUACUUCCACAACAAGAGAACUUUUAUAGUACUGAACAAAGGGAAGGCCAUCUUCCGGUUUAGUGCCACGUCUGCACUCUAUAUUUUUAGCCCUUUUCAUCUCGUUAGAAGAGCAUCAAUAAGGAUUUUAGUACACUCUUUAUUCAGUCUUUUCAUUAUGUGCACUAUUUUGACCAACUGCUGCUUCAUGGCCAUGUCUGAACCUGCGCAGUGGGCCAAAUACGUCGAGUACACGUUCACUGGCAUUUACACGUUUGAGUCGUUGAUAAAGAUCCUGGCGCGGGGCUUCUGCAUCAACCCCUUCACCUUCCUGAGGGACCCCUGGAACUGCCUGGACUUCAGCGUGAUUGUUAUGGCAUAUGUUACUGAGUUUGUGGACCUGGGCAAUGUCUCAGCGUUACGGACAUUCAGGGUUCUGCGAGCACUGAAAACUAUCUCAGUCAUCCCAGGCCUGAAGACCAUCGUGGGCGCGCUGAUCCAGUCUGUGAAGAAGCUGGCAGACGUGAUGAUCCUGACGGUCUUCUGUCUCAGCGUCUUCGCUCUCAUCGGCCUGCAGCUCUUCAUGGGGAACCUGCGGCAGAAAUGCGUCCGCAGCACCGCGCACUGUCUCAACACCACCUUACCUUCAUACAACAACAGCACUUUCUUCUGCAAUAACAGAACCUGGUCCUCGCUGGAGAACUUCAUCACUAAUGAAGAUAAUUUCUUCAAAGUGGAGGGAGCCAAGGAUGCCUUAAUAUGUGGGAACGCAAGUGAUGCUGGCAAAUGUCCAGAUGGUUUCGAAUGUCUGAAGACCGGACGAAACCCGAACUACGGCUACACCAGCUUCGACACCUUCGGAUGGGCUUUUCUCUCGCUUUUCAGACUCAUGACACAAGAUUACUGGGAAAACCUCUAUCAUCACACGCUGCGCUCGGCGGGAAAAGCGUACAUGGUGUUUUUUGUGCUGGUGAUCUUCCUGGGCUCCUUUUACCUGGUGAACCUGAUCCUGGCUGUGGUGGCCAUGGCGUACGAGGAGCAGAACCAGGCCACCAUCGCAGAAGCCCUGCUGAAAGAACAAGAGUUUCAGCUCGCCAUGGAACAGCUGAAGAAGGAACAGCAGGCGGCUCAGAAAGCACAAGAAACCGAGUCCAUCUUGACGGCCGACGUGUCGCCGUUCUCCUCACAAGGCAAAGGGAAUCUGGACCGGAGGAAAAGCUCGAGGCUGCUGUCAGAAGGAACGGAGGACGGCAGCAACGACAAAUCAGCCAAGAUGGACACUAUAGAGGGGAUGAAGCAAACGCACUCUUUGCUGGUCCGCACUCUCUCCUUACGGGCCAGACGGGAGAGUCAGGUCAGCAUCUUCAACUUCCGGCCGCCAAACAAAGACUCGGAGGUGGAUUUCGCCGACGAUGAGUUCAGCAAUCACGGCGAUUCGGACAGCCGCGGCGGGGCGCUGGCUCUGCCCUGGAGCAAGAGAAGGACCAGCGCUCAGAGCACCUGCAGCCACAGCUCGCAGUUCUUCUUCCCGAGUCUCAACAUCAACGGGAAACUCUUCGUGGCCAUAGACCAGAACGGCAUCUCGGGCCAGGGACCGCUGUCUCCUCUGCCGCUGCCGACAUGCACCAUGGAGAAGGUCAAGGAGGAGAGCGGACACAACUCCAGCAAUGAGCUGAGCAGUAUGCUCCUGCCCCAGCUGCCCCAGGAGGGCCGAGACCGGACCCUGAGCGCCACCAGCUACAUCACUGACGCCAUGGAAGAGCUGGAGGAGGCGCAGCAGAAGUGUCACCCGUGCUGGUACGUGUUUGCACACAAGUACCUGGUGUGGACGUGUGACCCCAGCUGGCUGAAGAUGAAGGAGUGGGUGAAGUUCAUGGUGAAUGAUCCGUUCCUGGAUCUGACCAUCACUAUCUGCAUCGUUCUCAACACGCUCUUCAUGGCUCUGGAGCACUAUCCCAUGACGGACGAGUUCAACCGCAUGCUGUCUGUGGGGAACCUGGUGUUCACAGGCAUCUUCACAGCGGAGAUGGUCCUGAAGAUCAUCGCUCUGGAUCCGUAUUAUUACUUUCAGCAGGGCUGGAACAUCUUUGACAGUCUGAUCGUGAGUCUGAGUCUCAUGGAGCUGGGUUUGUCCAACGUGGAGGGUCUGUCUGUCCUGCGCUCCUUCAGACUGGUCUUGAACCUCUUCUUGGCGUUGCUCCUGAGCUCCUUCAGCGCAGACAACCUCUCAUCUCCGGAUGAGGACGGCGAAAUGAACAACCUGCAGAUCGCCAUCGCUCGCAUCCAGCGUGGGAUGCUGUGGCUCCGGCAGGCACUCUGCGACUUCUUCAACGGGGCACUCUGCGGCUUCUUCAACGGGAACUUCAAGCGGCGCCGGCAGAAGGCCAAGGAGGCCAAAGCCAUGCUGAAGCUGAAGAGACUGAGCCAGCAGACGCACUGGGCCGAGGGCAACGGGACAGCCGUCAUCGAGCGCGCCGCGGAGGACGACAGCUACAUGACCAACCCCAACCUCACCAUCAGCGUCCCCAUCGCGCCUGGAGAGUCCGACCUGGAGUUCCCCGAGGAAGAUGACGAGGAGGAGGAGGAGGAGGAAGAUGAGACCAGCGAGAGCUCAGAGGAGGAGGGAGAGGAGACCAAACCAAGUGAUGACACCAGCCUAUCAGAGGGCAGCACGAUCGACCUCAGGAAACCCGGCGAGGAGGAGGAUGAAUACUCUGAGACGGCUGAAGAGGCCAUGGAUCCAGAAAACUGCCUUCCUGACUUUUGUGUACGUCACUUUAAAUGCUGUGAUAUCAACACGUCCGAGGGUCUGGGUCGAGCCUGGUGGCGUCUGAGGAAGACGUGUUAUCAGAUAGUGGAGCACAGCUGGUUUGAGACCUUCAUCAUCUUCAUGAUCCUCCUCAGCAGUGGAGCGCUGGCAUUUGAAGACAUUUACAUUGAACAAAGGAAAGUGGUCAAAGUGGUGCUUGAAUACGCAGACAAGAUCUUCACCUACAUCUUCAUCUUGGAAAUGAGUCUGAAGUGGAUCGCCUACGGUUUCAGGAAAUACUUCACCAACUACUGGUGCUGGCUGGACUUUCUCAUUGUGGCUGUGUCUCUCGUAAGCCUUGUAGCAAACACGCUGGGCUACUCGGACUUUGCUGCCAUCAAAUCUCUCAGAACGCUCAGAGCCCUCAGGCCACUGAGAGCGCUGUCCCGGUUUGACGGCAUGAGGGUGGUGGUGAACGCUCUGAUCGGCGCGAUCCCGUCCAUCAUGAACGUGUUGCUGGUGUGUCUGAUCUUCUGGCUCAUCUUCAGCAUCAUGGGAGUCAACCUGUUCGCCGGGAAGUUCGGCCGCUGCGUCAACCGCACCGGCUUCAUCUUCAACGCCUCCUUCAUCAACAACAAGAGCGAGUGCUUGGAGAUGAACAGCACGCAGUACUACUGGACCAAAGUCAAGGUCAACUUCGACAACGUGGGCGCCGGGUACCUCUCGCUGCUGCAAGUGGCCACGUUUAAGGGUUGGAUGGAGAUCAUGUACGCCGCGGUCGACUCGCGAUCUGUGGAAGAGCAGCCCAUUAAAGAGAACAGCCUGUACAUGUACCUGUACUUCGUCAUCUUCAUCAUCUUCGGCUCCUUCUUCACGCUCAAUCUCUUCAUCGGUGUCAUCAUUGACAAUUUCAACCAACAGAAGCGAAAGUUAGGAGGACAGGACAUCUUCAUGACAGAAGAACAGAAGAAAUAUUACAACGCCAUGAAGAAACUGGGAUCCAAGAAACCUCAGAAACCCAUCCCAAGACCUACUAACUCGAUCCAAGGAUUCUUCUUCGACUUGGUGUCCAAACAAGCCUUUGACAUUAUCAUAAUGCUGCUGAUCAUCCUCAACAUGGUGACGAUGAUGGUGGAGACGGACGAGCAGUCUGCCAGCAUCGAGUACAUACUCUACUAAAUGUCUUUACUGUCACUUGUGAUAAAUAUUAUGCAUACUUUCCAAAUAAGAAUUGUUAUUUCAGUAAAUAUUUAUUUUAUUUCAAGUAACGAAAAUAUUUUUCAUCAUUAAGGUGCUGUUUUCACUCUCGUUCCAGGUAUCGUUCUCGCAGACAUCAUCGAGAAGUACUUCGUCUCGCCAACGCUCUUCCGCGUCAUCCGCUUGGCUCGAAUCGGACGGAUCCUUCGGCUCAUCCGCAGCGCGAAAGGAAUCCGGACGCUGCUCUUCGCUUUAAUGAUGUCUCUCCCAGCGUUGUUCAACAUCGGCCUGCUGCUGUUCCUCGUCAUGUUCAUCUACGCCAUCUUCGGCAUGGCCAACUUCGCCUACGUCAAGAAGCAAAGCGGCAUCGACGACAUGUUCAACUUCGAAACGUUCGGAAACAGCAUGCUCUGCCUCUUCCAGAUCACAACGUCGGCCGGAUGGGACAAUCUGCUCAGUCCAAUCCUCAACAACUCUCCGGAAGAGUGCGACCCGGAUGUUCCUCACACCGGGACGAACGUUCGCGGAAACUGCGGGAAUCCUUCGGUGGGCAUCACGUUCUUCGUGACCUACAUUAUUAUUUCGUUUCUCAUCGUGGUGAACAUGUACAUCGCGAUUAUAUUGGAGAACUUCAGCGUGGCCACCGAGGAGAGCACGGAGCCGUUGAGCGAGGACGACUUCGAGAUGUUUUACGAAGUCUGGGAGAAGUUCGAUCCGGAGGCGAUGCAGUUCAUCGAAUACUCCAAACUCUCGGAUUUCGCCGACUCGCUUUCCGAGCCGCUGCGCAUCACUAAACCCAACAAAAUCAAACUGAUUUCCAUGGACCUUCCGAUGGUGAGCGGCGACAAGAUCCAUUGUUUGGAUAUCCUCUUCGCGUUCACCAAACGCGUUCUUGGAGAGUCGGACGAAAUGGACGCGUUGAAGCAACAAAUGGAGGAGAAGUUCAUGAUGGCGAACCCGUCCAAGAUCUCCUACGAACCGAUCACGACGACGCUUCGGCGCAAGCAAGAGGACGUUUCCGCCGCUAUGAUCCAGCGCUCGUAUCGGAGGCAUCUAAUGCGGCGCCAGGUGAAACAAGCCUCGCUGCUUUACCGUCAACUCCACAUGCCAGACUCCGCCAAAGACGGCGACAGCUCGCCGGAGAACGAAGGACUUAUAGUUGCGAUGAUCAUGGAGAACUACGGCGCCGAGGUCGAAGUUACGGAAACGCUCUCGGCUACUUCGUGUCCGCCAUCCUACGACAGCGUCACGCGAGCGACUAGCGAGCUUUUUCACGCUCUAAUCCCGGAGGCCGCGAACACGGACCUCAGCGAGCCUUUGACAGACCGAGAUCGCGAGACGUUUCUGUGACGACGGACGUCUUUUCCUUUUGUUUACCGAAUGUAACAUAGACACAAAAUCCUGUGGUUGUGCAUUGGAGGUUUUUGUAAACUCUUAUUUCUCUUGUGGUUCACGUUUGUUUCAAAGGGGAAAGUGUCACACUGAACAUGCACACCUUCACAGUUUGAAUGCAUGAAUGAGAUCCAUAGUCGCAGUUAUAGAGGAUGCAAUCAUCAUAUAUUAGACAGAAAGCAAUGCAUUUUAAUCAAAGCGUCAGCCUGACUGUAAGUUCAUUAGAGGUCUUACUUAAAAAGGCGUGAUUCCUUUUAAGAUCUGAGAUAAUGCAUUUAGUGGUGCAUCCAUGUAAAUGUUAUCCUACUUCACGCCGUUUUGGAAAGCAUGACGAUUACCUCUUUCUUUAGCGAUGAAAUGGCAGUGGUUUAGCCUGAGUAUUUGCACUUUCUGGUUUUUUUUUUUUGGCCAUUUUUUUCAAUGUUUCGCUCAAUGCCGUCACAAGGUGCAGAUAUCGAGACUAGUAAAAGACAAUCAGACAUGCACCAGAAAUGGUCACUCGCUUAAAACCUGUCUUUACUAACUUCUAGCGAACUAUUGCACAUGCUUCCUUUCGAGCGCGCCACACAUUUGUUUCUAUGGAGAAGUAUUUAUUUUGCAUGUGGAAACUGCAUGGUAUGGAGGGGUUAACGAGAACACUUUCUUUUUAAGGCUGAGAAUAAUUGUUUUGCACACUAUACGUUCAGCAAUAAUCUGCUACAUUUAGGAAUAUCAUUAAUGAUACUUAUUGGAAUUGAAAACGUGUCAAAGUUUCUACUGUCACGGCCUCCAGCUGUAACUGUGGCUUAUACGACUAGUGAAGAUUAUAGCACACGUGUUUUUCUAUCUCAAACUGACUUUAGGAGUUCAGUCCGCUUGAAUGCGGGUUGGCAGGUUUGGUGAAGGGCUGUUUUAUGUAGCAAUAGAUCCCAAGUGUGCCUGCUAGAACUUAAUCCUGUGUUUAUAAUUCAUCUUUCUUCAUGCAUUUGUUUUGGUUUUUGUAAAUCAUCCGCAGACUCACCAUAAAUAGCAUCAAACGCAAACCGUUCCUUUGGCAUGUUUAUAAGAAUUGACUUCACAUAUU